AUGCUCAUGAUCAUGCCGCUGAAGUACGCCAUAUCCGGCCGACUGCUGGCACGUUUAGAAAGCAGCUGCUGGAUGAGCUGUGCCCAGCAUGCGAGACAUCCUCGUCAACCAACCCUUCCAACGCACCUGGGAGGGAUCAGGCUCUAUUCGCAUCAUGCAAGCAAUAAUCCUAAGACCAGUAGGUCGUGGGCCUCUCUCGCGAGCAGAGGUGCCAUAGCUGUUGGGUUCGCUGCCGGGUCCCUCCAAUUAUUGAGCGACGACUCCUACGAAAACGGUGACGGCAAGGUCGAGGCCAAAAUCAGAACUUUCCGCCUGGCUGAGGUCAAGCAGCACGACGGAUCAUCCAAGAACCCCUGGGUUAUCAAUGGAAUUUCGGUGUAUGACAUUACAGACUGGGUCGAGGCUCAUCCCGGGGGUGAAGUGAUUUUAACCGCCGCGGGAGGCAGUCUAGAACCGUACUGGGACAUCUUUACGAUACAUAAACGGCCGGACGUCUACGAAAUCCUGGAGCAAUAUAAAAUUGGCGAGAUAGACGAUGCUGAAUUGAAGGAUGGCCGAGUACCCCAGGACGCCAUCGUUGACCCAUUCCAAAAUGACCCGGAACGGGAUGCGCGACUCGUGACGCUGACGCCUUGUCCAAGAAAUGCAGAGACGCCAGAGGGAGGGCUCAGAGAGUUCAUUACCCCGAACGAGCUGUUCUAUGUCCGAAAUCAUUUCUGGGUUCCCGCCGUGGAUGGAGAAGAACAUAAGGUCAUCAUCGAGCUGACGGAUGGGAGCGAAAGGACAUAUACUGUGAAGGAACUUAAGCAGAGAUUUCAGAGACAUAAGCUCAUGACUACACUGCAGUGUGCCGGGAAUCGCCGCAAGUCGAUGACGGACGGCGUGGGGCCGACAAACGGACUCCAGUGGAAAGCCGGUGCCAUCUCUACUGCCGAGUGGGAGGGGGUCAAGCUUGUCGACGUCCUCGCCGAUGCUGGUCUGGAUAUUGAGAAGCUCCCACCCGACGCUCAGCAUGUCCAUUUCUCGGCCAUGGAGACGUACGGAGCGUCCAUCCCUAUCCGCAAGGCCAUCGACCCUUGGGGGGAUGUCCUGUUAGCCUUUGACAUGAACGGCGCCGAGCUGCCGCGGGAUCAUGGCUACCCUGUGCGAGUCAUCGUUCCGGGCACGGUAGCAGCACGCAGUGUCAAGUGGCUAUCCCAGAUUACGAUAUCUGAGGAUGAGUCUCCCACCCAGUGGCAGCGGCGCGACUACAAGAGCUUCUGCCCCAGCGACGUCAAGAAUCCGGACUGGCAAAGGGCUCGAUCAAUACAGGAGAUGCCCGUCACGUCAGCAAUUACACACGUUGAACCAACCAGGGGCGGCAGGGGCGAGGUGGAAUCCUUCUGCGCAGAAGGCUAUGCGUACUCGGGUGGGGGGCGUGAGAUUAUCCGUGUGGAUGUCAGUGUCGACGGAGGCAGGACAUGGCACGAGGCUGAGCUGUUGGAUGAUGAGGCUAAAGUGAGUGGAAGUAGGGCAUGGUGCUGGAAGCGUUGGAGGUAUAAGGGGCAGGUGCCAGAUGAUGGCAAGACUGUUUCUGAGGCUGUGCUGGUGGUCAAGGCCACGGAUGAGGCCUACAAUGCCCAGCCACAGACUUACGAGAGCAUCUUCAAUACGAGGGGCAAUCUUGCGACGGCAUGGGAUCGUGCAAAGGUAUCGUGA